UUUAUUAUCCCUUUCCCCUAACUCAAAUCAAAUCCCACUCUUUCUUUUCUUCUUCAAUUCAAUCAACGCCUUUUCAAUUUCAACCCUCUCUCAAUUUUCUCAUUCCCUUCUACACGUUUGAUUUAUUUUCCUUUCUCUCUCUGAUUUGAGUAUGGCUUCGAAACGCAUCUUGAAGGAACUCAAGGAUUUGCAGAAGGAUCCUCCUACAUCAUGCAGCGCAGGUCCAGUUGCUGAGGACAUGUUUCACUGGCAAGCGACAAUCAUGGGACCUGCUGAUAGCCCUUAUGCAGGUGGUGUGUUCUUAGUUUCGAUUCAUUUUCCUCCAGACUAUCCAUUCAAACCACCAAAGGUUGCAUUUAGGACUAAGGUAUUCCACCCAAACAUCAAUAGUAACGGAAGUAUUUGUCUUGACAUUCUUAAAGAACAGUGGAGCCCAGCAUUAACCAUUUCCAAGGUCCUUUUGUCGAUUUGCUCAUUGUUGACGGAUCCCAAUCCCGAUGACCCACUUGUGCCUGAAAUUGCACACAUGUACAAGACCGACAGGACUAAGUAUGAAGCAACUGCUCGCAGCUGGACACAGAAGUAUGCCAUGGGAUGAUUCCUCCUGUCAUCCGUUUAAUGCAACUGGCUAUUCAUGAUUUAUGUAACACAAAAAGAUAUUUUGAAUGAUUGCUUUGUUAUUGUUGUCAAUGGAACUCAACCAUGGCAAGGGAGAAAUUUAUUAUCAUUUGUGAAUAUUUUGAGACCUUUGAUGCAAACAUCAUCAGAUUGUGAGUAACAGACUUUACUAUUAUGCCUUUGCCAAUACCAGGUCAUUUAUAUGGUGAGAAGGGUUCAGAAUUUUUUUUUGGUUACUUUCACUAUUAAAUUUAUGGGUCGAUGAUUUUGGUUCA